AUGGCCGCAACUUCUCCUCUGCGCCCGUCGACACCUGCUCGACCUGUUUUCAACGCUCCCCAUCUUUCUCCGAAUCGAAUCCCUUUCGCCUACGCCUCUCAAUCGUCCUACAAAUCGGGUCAUCUAGGUCUUGACGUCUUCUCGCCGGUUGACCAGAAUGGGAGCUUUUGCUUUGACCGUGUGAUUAAGAGUGGGAAAGUACAGCGGCGGGUCAAGAACAAGGGAGCCUGGAAGCCGUCAUGGAAGCCGGCCUACCUCGUCCUCCGGCCGAACCUCUUGUCCGUCUACCAAAAUCCAGAUGAGACCGAUCUCAAAGCUUCCAUCACCUUGUCUGAGGUCACAGCUGUUGCACGCGUUCGAAAAGCCCACACCGAACAUGUGUUUGGCGUUUUCUCCCCUUCGAAGAACUAUCAUUUUCGAGGACUGUCUGAGGCAGACACCGAGGACUGGAUCAUGCAUAUCCGCUUAGAAGCAAGGACCGACGACGAUAAUGAUUUGGAUCUUAGCGCUCCGCAGCUCUCGAACAAAGCUGGUGACCUAUCAAACCCUUAUGAGUCCACCGACAUCUCAGCAGAUGAAAUGCAUCGUGCUCCGGGUUCCCCUGAGGGGAAAUCGAGAGCGAUUCAGAACAGAACCAGGAAUGGGUCACUGCUAGCGAACAGCCAAGGGCGGCCUUCCAAUCUCCAAGAGUAUUCCGGAAACGAACAAUUCACAACGUCACACUCCGACUUCUCAGAUACCUUGGGCAGUUCAUUGCCAAAAAAUUCCUCGUUGUCGCUCACAAAACAACAACCGGCAUUGUCACCGAUUGCUUCAUCACAGCAACUCAGUUGCAAGGUCGAAGCAAAAGGAAAUGCACAAUUACCCCAACCACCAUUACAUUCCGAAGCCGUCACUGAUCCGGAACGUGUGGUCCGGCAGGGUCACCUACAAAUCCUAAAAUCUCACAAAACUGGUGUUAAAGGGUGGAAGUGGAUCUGGGUCGUGCUGCGUUCACGGAGCCUGUCUUUCUACAAGAACGAAGCCGAAUAUGCGGCCGUGAAGAUCCUACCGAUGCACUCCAUUGUCAACGCCGCCGAGAUCGACCCCGUGAGCAAGUCCAAAAAUUUCUGUUUCCAGAUCAUCACGGAUGAUAAGACGUACAGAUUUUGUUCCCCGGACGAGGAAGAGUUGGAUAAAUGGCUGGGAGCACUGAAAAGCGUGUUGAGCAAGCGCAACGAAGUGGAGAAGGCGCUCGCUGCAAAGGCAAGGGACAAAAACCGGGAGAAAGGGAAAGGCAAGGCUAGUUUGGAAGGCGCUGCUACAUUGGUCCUGCGUCAGCAAGCUGUUUGA